ACCUCUAGCGUAAACAUAUGUACAUAUCUGUGUAAACGCAUGUAAAGGAAACGCGACGAAUAUCCUGGAUUUCCACGACAGUCGAGGGUUUUGCGCCAAACAAAAGCACUUGAAUCGCUGGGGCAACCCAUCAUGGACGACUUUAUAAAGACGCUGAUUGCCGAGGUCAAGUCUCAGGGCGUCUUCGAUGAAUUCCGCUUCAACUGCUGCCUGGCGGACGUGGACACGAAGCCCGCGUACCAGAACGUACGCAAUCGGGUGGAGGCGGCGGUGAAUGAUUUCCUGGCCAAACAGCAAUGGACGCCCGAGACCAACAAGGUCCAGCUGCGGGAGAGGCUGCGCAAGCACCUCCUAGACUCCGAUGUCUUGGAUAAGGGAGUGGACCAAAUCGUGGACCAGGUGGUCAACCCCAAGGUGGCCACCAUAUUCGAGCCAAAGAUCGAGAGCAUCGUCUACAAGUACCUGGGCAUCACGCCCCCGCCGCCGCCACCGCCGAGACCCACGAUGCUGCCCGCUCCGCCUUUGCCGCCAUUUGCUGGCCACAUGAACGGCAGCGGUAGUAGCCUGCUAAAUGUGGAGACCACCGCUGGUCUCCUGCCCACCGACCUGGAGCAGAUCAGUCCGGACUCCGAUCGAGCCACCGUCAAGUCGGAUUUGAAGGAUGACGAACUGCCGCCUGGCGUGGACGACGAGGAUACCUCGCCAUCGUACGAAAUGGUGAACGAGGAGAAACCCCUUGUGAGCAAAGAGGAGCUGAACAAUGGCUCGCUGAACAACUCGGAUUCGGUGAAUGGCGUCUCGCAGGCGUCGCAACUCUCGCAGGUAUCCAGCGACAGCCGCCUGACCAUCGCCUCCUCCACGGAAUCUGUGACCGAUGCCCAGCAGCCCACGACGGCACUCAACAGCGGAAACCCUGCCAACAUAUCUGAGGAGGCGCAGAUGCCAAAGUUCAGUGAAAACUCCAGCGAUGCAAGUGCCGGAGCAGGGGAGAAUGGCAAUCGCCAACUUCACUUUGACAUCAAGCAGGAUGCCAUUACCUUCGAGGGUACUGAGCGAAAGAACUCGGUGUCAGAGGACAUUAACGGUGGGCCGGGGAUUCUUUCCAUCGAAGAUGCCAUUAUGUCGGAGGUGAAGGCGAACAUAGACGAUGCCAACAAUGCCAGCAUAGAGUCUAUAGUUGAGCCGGAAUCCGUACAACCGCCAGCCCCUACAAGUAUUGAGCCUCCUCCGCCAGCACCUCCACUAGAGCCCCCUCCUGCGCCACAACCAGUUGAGCCACCUCCGCCUCCACCUCCUGAAGUUGUGCCACCGCCACCACCAGCUGAAGUUGUGCCACCUCCUCCUUCAGAACCAUCAACGUUUGAGCCACCUCCCCCGCCAGCUCCACCAAAAGUUGAGCCACCUCCAACGUCGCAGCCAGCAGAGAACAGUAAUGGAUCCGGUUCUGUGACGGUUUUGACUGCGACGCCCAAGGAGACUGAGAAUUCAGAUGUACAGCCCAAUGCGGUGGAUGCGGAAGUCAAAGAGGAAGAUAAGCCCACAGCAACAGUUGAAGUCAAGGAAGAUAAACCCCAAGAGCUCGCCCCGCCCCAAGAAGUUGAUACACCUAAGGAAGAGGUUACCAAGUCGUCUGAGUCAACAGCGUCGCCUAUAUCUGUGUCUUCGCAAUCAAAGAGCCAUUCAAAGUCCAAGAACAGAGAGAAGGAGCGACGACAUCAUAGCCACUCAGAUGAUAAACAGCGUCGCAGGAGCAGGAGCAGAGAUCGGGAUCGUGAUCGAGACCGCGACCGCAGUCGUGACAAAUCUCACACCAAACAUUCCUCAAGUUCCAGCUCGAAGCACUCCUCAUCCCACUCAUCGAGUUCCAAGCAUAGGAGCAGUAGCUCCAAGAACGACAAGAACUUCUCGAGCUCAUCCAGCCGCAGCAAUCACGAGUCAUCCUCUUCCAAGCGAUCGGCUACCUCAUCCUCAUCUCGCCACGAAUCCUCCUCACAAAAACACAAGUCCAGUUCAUCUUCAUCAAGAUCGGAUCGAGAUAAAGACAAGGAAAGGGAAAAGGAUCAAAGUCGCAGCCACCACAGUAGUAGCAGUUCAUCAUCGUCGUCGAAAAGGAAAGAUCAUGAUAGGGGGCGGGAUCGUGAUCGUAACAAAUCAAAUUCAUCCGGAAGUGCGGAAACUAAAGCGAUCCAGGACGAUCACAACGAGAGCAAAGCGAAGCCAAUCCAGCGCCGGAGCUCUGAUUCCAAUGAUGAGGGUAAACCUCCCAGUUCCGGCGGUCCGGCCAAAAUCUCCCAGCCCGAGGUUACUUCUGCUGCGGAGAAACCUGAUGCGCCUGUGGAGAAUGGUAAUGGCACGAAUGGAAACUCCAAUGGAAGCAGCAAUGGUGUGAGCGACAGUGCAGUAAGUGCCAGCAGUGUGAUCAUUGUCAGCGACAUCCUGCAGCAAUCGUCGACUAGUUUCAUUCAGCUGACUGCUGGUUCACAGUCUCACAAGGUAGUGGAGGAUAGAGGAGAGGAGAGUAAGCCUGAACCCGAAGAUAUUGACGGAAAAAAAGCAGACAAUCAGCCAGAGAAGCCAGAAUCGAUGGACUCUGCUUCGCAAGAUGAGGCACCAAGUGUAGAACCUCAAAAAGCUGACAUAGCUGAGUCCGUACCUGAUUCCAAUGUCGAGGAUAGCAAAGAAGGCGAUGGACUAGAAACUGAACCAGUGGAGACCAAUGAAAAAGAGAAUAUGCUUGCUGAAGAAAGCAUACCCGAGAAUCCUGUAGAUAUUGUAGAGACCACCAGUCAACUAGAGGAACUACCGAAAGAUGAUGCAACACCCGCCACACAAUUCCCAGACUCGAAUGAGCAAAGUGACGAAUUAGUCGCCGACUUUGUAACGCACUUCGAGGAGAACACAGACGAGUUCAAGGCGCGUCUGCAGCUCAUCAGUCAGCUGAUAGAGGAUCGAAAGAAUUUGCUCAACAGAUUGAGCGCUGAUGGAUCACAGGACGAGGCGGUGGAUGUACGUGCUCUGCGAAGGAGCAUAUCCAAGCGAAGGCGGAGCAGCCUGCAGGAGCAGCAGCAUGUGGUGCGCGAGUCGACACCGGCGAGGCUCUGUAGCCCGAGCAGCAGCACCUCCGGCAGUCCGGCGAAGAGGCUACGACGCGAUGAACCCAAGUCGUCGCCCACACCAUCCGACGCCAGUGUAAACUCCAAGGAAAACGAGGCUUUGGAGAAGCAGGAGCAUGACGCUCUGUCCGCCAGGCGACUCAGCAAGAAGCUCUGCCAGCAGCAGCGGUACACCAACGAUGAUCUCUACAAGCCCCGUCCAAUACUGUCGCAGCGCUCUCGUCGCCGGGGCCUGGAUUCAAUCCUCUAGCUAACGAUCGAACUGUUAUCGGAAACAAUAAAAAAGGCAAUUGUUGUUAAUGCAUUUGACAUAAAA